CUAAAGCAAAAAUUACAAACGUCAAUUUGGGAGUUGAUUUCUUUCCGUAGCGUCAAAAAUUUUGUUGUUUUUGUAUAAAACGAAUUCCAGAAAACUCUUCACACCCGUAAAGCGUCUCGUUAAAAAUCAUGGAAGUCAAAGAAUGCAACGAUUUAGCUGAAGAAAACCAAUUCAUUGUGGACGAUGUGAGUAAAAUUAUUAAAGAAGCAAUUGAAAAUUCUAUCGGAGGGACCGCCUAUCAGCAUAACAAAGUUAAUCAAUGGACUUCGGCUGUUGUAGAAUCCUGUUUGGGACAACUUACCAAGUUACAAAAACCUUACAAAUAUAUAGUGACAUGCACAAUUAUGCAAAAGAAUGGUGCAGGUCUACACACAGCUUCUUCUUGUUUUUGGGACAAUAACACUGAUGGCUCAUGCACCGUGCGCUGGGAAAACAAAACUAUGUACUGUAUUGUCUCCGUGUUUGGCCUUGGCAUCUAAUUUAUAAUGUAACGCUUCAAUAUGUUAAAAAAAUAAUUCCACGUAACUACAGUGACAACCAGUAACACAUGUAACUGCAAAAAAUUAAAAUAAUGAUUAUUACUUGAGUAAAUUGAUAGUAAGCUAAAGAGUUCUUAUAAAUACUAAGACAUUAUUUUUAAGUUAUCAAAAAAAAUAUUGCUGUUUUGCAGUAAUAAAUAUGGAGAUCUUUAUUUACGAUUCACGAUGGUAAUGUAGGGUUAAAAAUUAUAAUUUGCUUCUAUAAUAAAACAUUCUAAAGCACACUUAUCUAUUUUUUCUCAGUUGUAACAGACUUGUUUUAUAGUCAUUACUUAAUUUUAAGUAAGUAGGAUAUAUUUUCGUACACAAUAAAGUAUAUCAAAAAGUGA